GCACCGUUUCCACCGUUGGUUCAGUCUGCGGGUUGGUCUCGUCCUGUCUGCGGGCUGGUUCCGUCCUGUCUGCGGGUUGGUUCCGUCCAGUGUUCGGUCCGGUUCCGUCCAUCAUGACCAAGCUGCAGCUGCUGAGCUCCUACCUGACGGAGCGGCUGACCGCGGUGGUGAAGGAGAUCCUGGCCGUGGUGGAGGACACCGUCACCGAGUACCGGGAGGAGACGGCCAGGACCCGGCGGGAGAACGAGAGCCUGCGGAGGCAGCUGCGGGACAUCCUGCUGCUGGAGGCCGAGACCGAGUGGCUGAGGUCGACCCGGUCCAGUCUUGGUUUUGUGGCUCCGGAGCAGCAGCCCAAUGAUCCGGAGCGGCGCCGGUCCGAGGAGCCGGACUCCACCCUGAACCAGCCCAGACAGCAUGUUGGCUCAAAACCGACACCUGAGCAGCUGCUGCCGGUUCACAGCGAUGCUCCUCCAGGACCGGUUCACCUGCCGGUGGAGCAGAACCCGGCCGAGCCCUGGGAGCCGGUUCUGAAGGCCGACCCUCCUCCAGCGCUGCCGUCCCACUCGGUCCCGAAGCCUCCUGUAGAUGCUCCGGUUCUGAGGGAGGAGCCACGGGUCAAAACAGAACCUCGGGAGUUCAAGGUGAGUGACUCAGACUGUCGGACAGCGAGCGCUCCAGUGGAGGACUUCAGGAUCCAGAAGGACGCAGACCGGACGACGGUGGUGGUGCAGCGUCUGGAGCAACCAGAAGUUCAGCGCAGCAGGACUUCCUCUCAGGAGGCACCUGAUGACAUCACAGCCGCCGCCUUCAUCCCCGAACUCGUCCACCGCUGCCCUCGCUGCGGCGAAGCCUUCGGUCAAGCCGCCUCGCUGCGCCUCCACCUGGAGCAGAAGAGGAAGACAUACGCCUGCGACUGGUGCUGCAAGUCCUUCGCCCAGUCAGCUGACCUGCGGCGCCACCUGCGGACGCACACCGGCGAGCGGCCGCAUCGCUGCACCUUCUGCUCCAAGAGCUUCAGCCAGCGAGGAAACCUGCGGCGACACCUGCGCAUCCACACAGGUGAGCGUCCGUACAGCUGCCCGUUCUGCUGCCGAACCUUCAGCGACGGCGACACCAUGAAGAAGCACAAACGUACGCAUUCUGGCGAGAAGCCGUUCCGCUGCGCUCAGUGCAACAAGACGUUCAGCAGCGCCGGCGGCCUGCAGAUACACCUGAAGAAGGACAUGUGCUUCGUGGCCAGCGCCUGAUUGGUCGGUUCGUACCUGCGGAUUUGUAUGAAAAAGAUGCGGCUCCACGGGGAAGAGCUCAAAUAUCCUCUGACGCAUGGCGGCGACUGUCGUGCCGCCUCUCUGUGGCACAUUUUCACCGGUUUUAAGUUUCAAAAACGAAGAAAUUGUGAAAGCAAAUCAGAAAACGGGCUGACACGUCAGAGAAGAACCGACCAAUCAGAGUGGAGGAUGUAAACUGUAAACGCGACGCUGUAGAAGCGUUAAUGUGGCGACAAACCAGCGAGUUUUAAACAUGUUUUAUUUCAACAUCAGCACCAGGAUCCAGAUUCAGAGUAAAAAGUAAAAUGACUCCAUCAGAAUGAAAUAGGUUCAUCUGUUCAGUUAAUCUCAGAUGAAUCAGUUUAAAUAAUUUAAUAAUAAAAUAAAUCUGGGCCCACCUCUGUGUACUUCAAAGGCCUGGAACUCUGGAAAUAUUCAUAGUUUGAAAGUAAAACUCUGAUGAUUAAUGAAGUUACUGCAGAUAAAGAAUCGGUUCCACAUGAGGAUGAUAAGUUGAACUAAGAAAGGUUUAAAAACUGGAUUUUCAGACAUGUUUAAAGUCGCUGGUUUGCGCUGCAGAAAUAUGAAGAACUUGAAUCUCUUCUUCUUCCUACUGAGCGUCUUCAAUGCACUUUGAGUUUGUCCAGAUGGAUUUACAGGCAGCUACACAGACAUCUUAUUAAUUUAUCUAUUUAUUUUCAGACGCUUUGAACCAGAACAGAACGACUGACUCUUCACGUCAUUUCAGUAUUUUUUUUGCUUUCAUAUCACUGAUGCAGCUCAAAGUUUCCUCUGAUUCUCCUUCAGCUGCUGAAAUAUCGUCAUGUUUCUCUGAGCUGCCAGUUUAUCAGGAGAACUUCCACCAGGUCAGCGUUUCUAUAUGCAGAAAAAACUUUUUAUCUCAGCGGGAAACCAAUAAUGGAUCUGGAAAAGAUGCAGAAAUGAUGUUGCCAAAAGUACAGAUUUGAGGUAUGAUCAGAAAGUUCUGUAAGUAUUUAUGGCCUGUUCCAAUUUGCUUUACUUUUGCCAAGACACAGUUGUGAACUAAAAUUUCCAUCCACCUGUAAAGUCAGUCUUUAGUUUCCAUUGACUCCUUUAACUCUGACUUUUCUGUGAUCGAAUCAUUGAAGCACAUGAAUCUUUGUCACAAAAACCAAUCAUGAAUUUAGGUUCUUUCGUAGAUUUAUUAAAGGUCCUCUGGAAAUAUGACAAAAUCUGCUGGAUCAUAAACAGAAAUACUAGUAUUUGGUUAAAUUUGUCGAUUUUCACCUCAGUUCAGCUUCUGGUUUAUCUUUGACUCCUCUGGACAGAAUUGGUUCAGUUCAACAAAAUUUGUUGUCUUUCUGACUCAGACUUGAUGGGUUUAAGUGUAUAUAUAUAUAUAUAUA